UACCUCAUCAAGUGCACAACUCACUUUUGUUUCUUCUUUUUCUUCGGCCUGCUUUGCCUACAAGAACUCCCUUAAUCUUGUACCACUUUAAAUCGACGCGGGCCCGGCUGCAAUAGGUGGACCUUGAGCUCCAGUUGUAAAGCUUGUUGCGACUAGCGAGCUCCCUCCUAUCGCCCUUUCAACUUAUCCUGCGCCCUACCAGAGAUAUUCUCUCCUGUCACAAAUUCUUUCAGGAUCAGUUUCCCGUCAUGGAGCUCUGGAGCUCAGUACUCGCGGUUCUGGCUUUGACUUCCAGUCAUGUAGCAGCUCAGACAGUCGAUUUAUCAGCGUCUUCAGACCUCACUUUCAUUGGAGGCACACGAACACAGAAAAUUACACGACAAACCGGUCCUCCCACAGGCGCAUAUUCUUCCUACGCCUCUAAGAUCACACUGCAGGGCUCCAGCGACACCGAAUCGGACGAACUCACGAGCACCCUCACAGGCCUUUUCCCCACAGAUGCCACAGAUAGCACUACCAUUACCAGCAACCUGACAGAGACUGGCACAGGAACCGCCACAGCGAAUGGUACCUCGACUGCCACCACGAAAGCAAAGCCUACAAACACACAGCCCUGUAACAAUUAUGUCGAGCUUUGCAAGCGCAAGUACGGCAAUAUCACGAUGGUUGGCUGCCACAACUCACCCUUCGUAAGACCGGGUAACUCUGGUUCUAACCAGGAGCUUGAGGUUGAGACACAACUUAAUGAUGGCAUUCGCUUCCUUCAGGCCCAGAUCCAGUUCCCUAGCAACUCAUCAGUGCCACACUUUUGCCACUCGACCUGUGAUCUUCUUGACGCGGGUCCCAUCACCGACUGGCUAACCAGAGUACGAAAGUGGGUUGACGACCACCCAUACGAUGUUGUCACGAUUCUUCUUGGAAAUGGAAACUACUCCCACCCCGAUCUUUACGUACCGUACAUCAGAGAGACCGGCAUUUUGAAGUAUGUCUACCAAGCACCUUACCUCCCAAUGGCCCUUGAAGACUGGCCCACUCUGGAAGACCUGAUCAUUCGUGGCAAGCGAGUCAUCAUGUUCAUCGACUACGUGUCGGACCAGAAGAAGUACCCCUGGCUUCUCGAUGAGUUCACACAGAUGUGGGAGACUCCUUUCGAUCCCCUGGAUCGCGACUUUCCCUGCACUGUCCAGCGACCUCCCGACCUGAGCGAGAAAUCAGCGAAGAACCGCCUGUACCUCAUGAACCACAACCUCAACGCCGAGUUCAACGUCUUUGGUGCCGAAAUUCUGGUCCCCGCUGUGGCACUACUCAACGAGACUAACAACGUCACGGGUUAUGGCAGCCUGGGUGUUGCGGCCAACAACUGCCGCUCUGACUGGGGUCGGGCUCCCAAUAUUCUCAACGUUGACUAUUACAAUUACGGUGGUUUCCCUGGCUCUGUCUUUGAGGUUGCUGCGCAGAUGAAUAACGUGACAUAUGACCGUGAUAGUUGUUGCGGUACCACGAGCCUAGCUCCGCAUACAUAUCAAGCUGCGUCUAUGACAGCUUUGCUAGCUGCAUUAAUGUCAGCAUACCUCAUGUUCUAAAUGUGAGCAUGGGAUAUAUGACCGCAUUUCUUACUGGUUCUGUUCGCAUAGCCAUAGAAGCGUAUUGAUUUUUGUUUUGCAUAGACUGGAAGUUUUGGGAUCAAAGACAUAUGGGCAGGUUCAGUACUCACCACAAACUUAUAAUUGAUGACGGGGCUCUUGGGAGUGUAUCAAAUUCUCGUUUUCUGAGUAUAAAUUCAUAUUUUAGAUCAAGUUGAUUUACCGUGUAGCUCGCCCUGUUCAACUUUGGAAUCGGUCUAAGCCAGCAUGAAUAUCUACGUCAACUUCGAUAGGCA